CCCCUGGUUGUCUUAUCUGUUUGGGUCAAACGGUGACUGACGGUGCGAAGCUGAUUAGCCGAGCCGAGCAGUGAAUCCGCUGGACUGUUAAAGUUAAACCAUGGCUGCUCAUGCUAGCGUGUGCUGCAGCCUGUCUGGCACGUACAGCACUUUCACUCGAUUCAGAAAAGUCUUCGUACAAUGCGUAAAUCAGCGGCUGUUUUCCUAUGCUACGCACAAGAGAAAUGAAGUUGAACUCGCUGCCUCGACUUCAGCUGCUCCCAAUUUUGUGGCACCUUUGAAGAGCAGGUCAAGAAGACAGGAGAGGCUACCAGAAGAGAGUGCACUACCCUUUUCAGAAUUUCUGACAGACAGCUUCCGCCGGAGGCACAGCUACCUGCGCAUUUCCCUGACAGAGAAAUGCAACCUACGCUGUCAGUACUGUAUGCCAGAGGAGGGAGUCAGGCUCACACCACGGAGCCAGCUUCUAUCCACAGCAGAGAUAAUGACUCUGGCUCGACUCUUUGUCAAAGAGGGAGUGAACAAAGUCCGCCUAACCGGAGGAGAGCCCCUCAUCAGACCUGAUGUGCUGGAUAUUAUUACAGAAUUAAGGAAGUUGGAGGGUCUGAAAACCAUUGCCGUAACAACAAAUGGCAUGAACCUAGCUAGAUUUCUGCCUAAGCUGAAAGAGGCCGGCCUUGACCUGAUUAACAUCAGCCUGGAUUCACUGAUUCCUGACAAGUUUGAGUUCAUUGCCAGACGCAAAGGGUUUGUCAAGGUCAUGGAGGGCAUUGACAAAGCCAUUGAAAUGGGUUACAGCCCUGUCAAGAUCAACUGUGUGGUCAUUCGGGGCCUCAAUGAGGAUGAGCUGAUAGAUUUUGUGGCGCUGACAGAGAAGAAGCCUCUGGAAGUUCGAUUCAUCGAAUACAUGCCCUUUGAUGGAAACAUGUGGAACUUUAAGAAAAUGGUGAGUUACCGGGAGAUGCUGGACCGCAUCAGGCAACAGUGGCCCAAUGUGGAGAGGCUUCAGAGUCAACUCACAGACACUGCCAAAAUAUUUAAAGUGCCAGGCUUCCAAGGUCAGGUGGGCUUCAUCACCUCCAUGUCUGAUCAUUUCUGUAGCUCCUGCAAUCGCCUGCGCAUCACUGCAGAUGGAAACCUUAAGGUGUGUUUGUUUGGUAACUCAGAGGUGUCUCUUAGAGAUGUUUUACGCUCUGGAGCAUCUGAUGAAGAUCUGCUGCACAUCAUUGGAGCAGCUGUGGGCAGGAAAAAGAAACAGCAUGCAGGCAUGUUCAGUAUCUCUCAGAUGAAGAACAGGCCUAUGAUCCUCAUUGGGACUCAUUCAUCAUCACAAGACAGCCAACGGACAUUUUCUAUUGUUCCUCAGCUUCCAAACAACCCAUUUCUCUCUGUGACAUUAGCCUGUCCUCCAGGCAGCAUGAGAGUCCUAAAUAGAGAGAGAUUUUUGUGCCUUCCAGACUGCACUGAUUCAACACAGACGGCCCAUGUUUGCUCCUCCAAAACCUCAAUGGGUGGUGGUGCCCACAGUGAAAAGCCUACUGUGAAGGACAACAUGUCUCUUUAUCCCUCUGAAUUUUGCAGUCUACUGACCUUCAACAUUUGUGACACUAACAAACUCAGCCAAUCAAUGAGUGAAGCCAAGUCAGGCACAAAUGGAUCCAAGACCCAGCAGCAUGAAACCACUAAAGCACAGCUGACGCAUAUAGAUGUUCACGGCCGGGCCACCAUGGUUGAUGUUGGGGAGAAAGUCCCGACGUGUCGAGCAGCCACAGCUAGCGGUAUCGUCUUCUUGGGCCCCACAGCUUUUCGUCUGCUUCGGGAUAACCAACUGGCUAAGGGUGACGCGUUGACUGUGGCGCAGAUAGCCGGCAUCAUGGCUUCCAAAGAGACCUCAGCCCUCAUCCCGCUCUGCCACCCAUUGCCUUUAGACCACACCUCUGUUACCUUUGACCUGGAUGAGCUGCAGAACGCUGUGGUCAUCACAGCAGCUUGUCGCACAAUGGGGAGGACAGGAGUAGAGAUGGAGGCGUUGACAGCUGUUUCUGUGGCAGCGCUUACAGUCUAUGAUAUGUGUAAAUCUGUGAGCCAUGACAUUCUUAUUACAGACAUAAAACUGGUCAGUAAAACAGGUGGGAAGAGAGACUAUAACUGUCAGGUUUCACCACAUCCCCACAAAUGAAUAGAAUUUAACACUAAAUAAUUUACACCAAAAUGACUUUUUUAUUACAAAAUAUUUUAUUGCCAUUAGAUAAAUUUAGAAAGCUUAUGUGUAUUAUCUGAAGGUUGAGUCUGAAUAACUAAGAAUCUUAACCAACAUCUGUAUAUUAUACACUAUGUCACACAAUCACUACAUCGUGAGCAUCCCUAAAUAUUCUGGAAGGUUUUUUUAUUGAUGACACAACCUACUUUAAUCUUAUUUUUAACUUUUCGUUGUGGUCUUAGGUUAUGAAGCAUAAGUCUGCAAUUGCUUUUGGUUUGUAUUAUGAUGGUACAGUUGUAAAAUUCAUCUGAUUUCCUGUGCUCUCAGAUCACAUUGCAAUAGAACACAACGCAAUUGAUCCAUUGUGCUGAUUAAUGUUACAGCCUCCAUGUUUUAACUGUCUCUUCCACUUAGUAAGUAGACAGAGGAGCGUGAGCUCGGGACGGAUUCUCUGUCCUGUUAGCCUGGCUGCAAGUGGGACAGUUGUAACCGUGCUCUGAUGCAAUAAACGAUACGUGGUUGUA